AGCAAAGCCGGUGUAAGCCUUUGAAUAACUACCGUUUCCGAAAUUGAUGCCGGAAAUAUAAAUAAAAAAAAAGCUUGGCUUUCCUCGUCACGCCGUAGUGCUCACGUACACCAAUUUCUCAUCAAACUUACCUUAAAAAAACCACUUCAUCCAGCAAUCUUGCGUAAAGUCCCACCCGUGUGCGGUCCUCGAUCACUCCCUAUUUGCCGAAGGCUAAACACAAACCAACCGAGCACUUACAAAGCAAUGGCAUCUGAAAACCAAUCUCUCCGUUCCCAAAACGAUCUGCCCUAUGUCCUGAUCUUUAAACCCCCGCCAGCCUUCGUCAUCUUCGGAGAUCAUUUCUUCAACUCACCCAAGUUCCAAUUCUUGAAGGCCUACGAAUCUCCACUCCCUCUUCCCCAGUUCUUACGCGCCCAUGCUCUGUCUGUACAAGCUGUUCUCUCAUCUGGUGCCGCUCCUGUUACUGCAGAUAUUAUUCGCCUUUUGCCCCUCCUUCGUUUGGUGGUUACAACUAGCCAGGGCCUUAACCACAUCGACCUCUCCGAGUGCCGACGCCGUGGCAUCGCGGUGGCUAGCGCUGGAACCAUUUACUCCGCUGAUUGUGCAGAUUCCGUGGUGGCGUUGUUGAUUGACGUUUUGAGGAAGAUUUCGGCUGCUAAUUGCUUUGUCAAGCAAGGACUCUGGUCUUCGAAAGGGGACUAUCCUCUUGGCUCUAAGCUUGGGGGUAAGCGAGUGGGAAUUGUUGGAUUAGGGAGUAUUGGAUCAGAUGUUGCUAAAAGACUAGAGGCAUUUGGUUGCCCUAUCUCAUACAAUUCAAGAAACAAAAAACCAUUAGUACCAUAUGCUUUUUAUCCUGAUGUUCGUGAACUGGCUGCUAAUUGCGAUGUCCUUGUAAUUUGCUGUGCGUUGACUGAUGAAACACACCACCUGAUCAACAAGGAAGUGUUGUCAGCGUUGGGGAAAGAUGGAGUCAUUAUUAAUAUAGCACGUGGGCCCAUCAUUGAUGAGAAGGAAUUGGUUCGGUGUUUAGUUGACGGAGAGAUCCGAGGUGCUGGCUUGGAUGUGUUUGAGCAUGAACCUCUUGUUCCCAAUGAGCUCUUUGCAUUGGAUAAUGUAGUUAUGUCUCCUCAUAAUGCUGUUUUUACAACGGAAUCUUUGGAAGAUCUGCGUAAAAUUGUGGUCGGAAACUUCGAAGCUUUCUUCUCAAAUGAAUCCUUAUUAACCCCUGUUGCUCUGGAUGACCAACCACAUUUCUCGGGGUGGAAAGACUAGCGUAGUUGAGGAGACCAGGAAUAAGACUUGGUGCAUUGCUAUUAUUAGAUAAUUUUCUCUGUUGUAUGUCUUCCAAUUGUAAGCUUGAAAUUAAAAACCGUGUAGAAUUGUUCGCAAUCAUUGUAAAACACUAGAUAUACCCUGAUUUUGGGUGAAGAUUAACGAACAUAUUUUACCAAUAUUGCUUGCAAAAUUUAGGCUCUUUCAAACUUGGUUAUGGUAGUCAAGAAACGAGACAUGGUUUUAACGUCUUUGCUACGUACAAAAGCCUUGCUCCUUGUAUUAGCACUUCUACAUGUUGGUACUGAAGAUAAGAGAAAGAAAUAAUGAAGAAAUCAGAAAUGUUUUCGCCAGCUUAGAUCACCUGGUCACAUAGCAGGCAACGAGUCUAACCCAUA